AUGGCGCUGCAGCGGCUUCGUGAGGUGUCCGUGCGGCCCGCGAAUGCAUCGGCUCUGCUGACGCCUGUCGGCCCGGCGCCGCUCUUUCUCCUCGUGUCGCAAGCUCUCAUCAAUGCCAACGAAGAGGAUCUCUCUGCCGUCACGGAUUGCCUCUCUGCGUGGCACACAUCGAAUUUCCUGAUUCAACGCAUGCACUCCGAUAACGACUGGCUGGCCACCUUGACUCUCCAGCAAGAGCAACUGCGGAACCUAGAGUCCGAGCGCGCGCAGCUCGGGGCGCAACUGCGGCAGUCGCGUACUUCCGACCUUGACUUCCCUGCUGUGCAAGCGGACUGGUCUGUCGCGUCGCUCACGGUCGAAGCGAAUGGGAACCUUGACGCGGCGGACGCGGGGAGGUCCCCAGUCGCGCGACAGCGACGCAGACUCCUUCGCACGCGUCUGCGUGAAGUCGAGGAACAGCUCUACGCCACAAAGAUUCAGAUGGCAGAUGCACUCGGCAUCAUCGGCCUGCAUUCGCUCCGAGAGAGCCUCCUUGCGUCCCUGAGGUUCUCUUCGUCGGCUUCGCCGCUACCUUACACGCCCGCGUACCCUUCCUGGUCGUCUACCCUUUCUUUCCACUGUUCGCCUCCGCGCUUCCAAGGGAUAUGGUGCCGGGCUGGGGGAGCCGAUCCUUCGACGGCCGCGGGAACCAGACCAUUAUGGGCUUCGAUUCGUGAGACGUGUACACGUUUCGGAGAAGACAGAGAAGACGCAGGCGCCGACUGUGGCGAGAGUUCAAGAGCUUGGUUGGAGAAGAAGUUCGAGUGUCUCUGGCGUCUGCAUAAGUGGGACUGUGGCGAGACGACACCGUUGGGGGCGUCGCGGACAGAGCCGUGGUCGAGUCUCGAUUCAGGGGGCGAACAACGAGAUUCGUUUUCUCCUUGUCCACCUGAUUCAUGUGGUGAGACGGGGCAAAAUCUGAGUCUCUUCAACGGAUGUAUCUACUCGACGCUCUCUCUGAUCCAUGGAGCUGCUUCGUGUCGUCCUUCUUCCUCUCUUCCUCCACGUGCUUCAUCUGCCUCGCAGACUUCCAACAGUGACGUUCGCGCCUUGCCGUCUUGUCUCGAGGGACGUGCGCCACACGUCGCGGCUUUUCGGAGACACACGCGCCACUGCGCCGUGCCUACGACGGGGACCCUCGAGGGCGACGACGAAGACGACGAAGACGAACAGGGAGAUACAUACGACGAGGCCGAAGAACUCGAUCAUGGCGCGACAUCGCAGAGGGUGUUUAACACAAUCCUGACGCGUCUGCGGGCUGUCCAGACCUCGCGCCAUGCACUGGCCAUUGCCCUGGAGCGCCUCGCCUCCACUGCGCAGUCGGCCAGCUCGGCGGUUUCAUCGUUCGGACCUUCGUCGGCGAAUGCUCCAGAUCCGAGUCUCUCGCGCCGGCUCCUGAGUGCAUAUGUCGAGCUUUCAAUGGCGCAUGCACUGCAACUAGCUACGACGCUCAACCUGCGUUUGCACCAAGGCGAACCCUGUCAGGAUGCUCAGUGCGACGCCUUUGAGCACCUCCAGUCUUCCUGGGCGAACGACCUGGCCGUUGCGGCAGGGCCGCCCGCUGCCUGCUCGUCCGCCGCUGCUUCGUCGCCUGUGUCUUCCCUGCCGUUCUUUCUUGAACCUCUCGUUUCUCUCCAGACGAGCAUCCUCGAGGCGGCUAUUCCGUCCUUCCACAUUUAUCCACGCGCACCCUGUUCUGGAGAGUUUUGCGAACACUGGGCGCCGAGGGGAACGCACGCUGGAACUGGAAGCGUGCACGAUCAGCAGGCGACCCGCGGCACGGAGAGGAGGCGACGCGACCGGAUAGAGUUGGAGGGCGCGCGCGCCUGUGGCUGUCACGUCAGACGCCCCGCCGCACGGCACCUCCUGUUCCUCGCAGAGAUGAAACGCGAAAGAGGCGACUGGCGGGGAAGUCUGGAAAAUCUGUUGCAGGCCAAAGCGCAUCUUCUCCAGCUGCAAAGGGACCGAGAACGCCCUUCCUGGGAAGCUUUUCCGUGGCAGCUGGCGAAGACUCUGUACCUCGCCGGCGACCGAUCCGGCAGUCUGAACAUUGCCUCGCGCCUCUGUCAGCCGAAGAACUGGCCUAUGCUCCCCUUUCAAAACCUGAACGCAACUUCCGCUGCGGGGCCGUCUUGCGCAACUUCGUGUGGGGGUGCGGGGGCGCCCGCGGCGGGCGACGCCCGCCCGAGUCACGGGUGCUCGCCUCAAGCGUCCUUUAAAUCCCACAGUUUCGCAAACCGAACAAGCAGUCUCUGGGAGACGAAACCUGUUUCGAGGACGGAAGACCUGGACGGACUCGCAGUUCAAAAGUUUCGAGGAGCCAUGAUCGACGCCCUGUGCUCGUGUGGCGAGUGGCAAUUCCGGGGGCGAUGGGCGACUGAGGCGACCGUUCGCCGCAGAUAUUUCAGUCUCGCCCUUCGCCUCGGGCCUGUCUCCGGCAGUUUGGAGCCCAACCAGCGCCUAGCGACCCUCAUCGACGAUCAACUGCAGUCAUACAGCGACUACAAGCAUUCAGUCCCUUCGCUGGUGAUGGCAGAUCUCCGCCGCAAGGAGAAGGCUGAAAUUGAAAGCCUUCUCCAGCAACUGUCCAGUGCGUUCGAAGAGAGAGGCGAAGAAGAACAAACCCGCCGCGCGCACGCACAGCAGAAAUUUCUUCAGCAUCACAUCGAUAUUCUUCUGCAGAAGCAACGCGUCUUGGAGAGGGAGCGAGAGAAAGAAUAUCAGGAGAGGACUCAGUGGGCUCUCGAGGCGGUCACGCUCUACGCGACGUGUCUCAAAGACCCCUUCCUUCCGCAUGCAGCCAAAACGACUAGCCGGGUCCUGAGUCUAUGGUUCGAAUGGGGCGAUGACGUCCCCGAAAUGAAUGCGGCUCUCCACAGGCUCCUGAUUGCGCCUUUCACGUCCGCCCAGCCACAGCACAGGCAAGAUGCGGGUCAUUCCUCCUCACCGUUUGACUCUUCCUUUUCAUCUGCGCAGAGGAUGAACGAAGAGGACGACAGUCGUGUGGGAGGCCCUCCGGACCUCCGCCAUCUCCUCCCGUUCGUCUACCAGAUUGCGUCGCGCCUCGGGAGUCCAGCAGAGAGCCCGUUUCAGCGGACGCUGAGAGACUUGCUGGUGACAACGGCGAGGCAAUAUCCUUUCCAGUGUCUCUACCAGCUGGUCGCCAUUCGAAAUGGAAGGCGGAUUCCACCGGGUCACAGAGGGGCCGACAGCUUCACCGUGCAACAAGACAAAAUAGACGCCGCCCAGGAUGUCCUUGGACGCAUCGCAGACUCCUCCCCAGCACUAAAGUUUGUCGUCGCUGCUGUCGAAUGUCUCGUGGAUUUCUACAACGACCUCUGUCUGUUGGAUUUCGACGACGAAACUCGCACUGUGCAAAAGAAACAACGAAGUCUGCCGCUGCUGCAACGCGGCUCGUCGCAGUCCUUCCCGCGCCGCCUCACGCCUCAAGAGCAAAUGAUUCGCCUGCCGUCUUUCCAAAAGCUCGAGGAGUUCUCGGCCCUGCUCCCGAUUCCAACCGUCGCGCUGCCUCGUGACCGACUUGUCCCCUUCCAAACGCCCGAAACCUUGUCGCGCUUCAAGAGUGCGCCAGACUAUCUUCUUCAUCUGUCUUCCUACAUUCACUCUCUUCACCCCUACUGUCUCUCGGACUUUCCCGGCGAUCGCCUGCGGAUGAGCGUAAAGGUCAUCGGCAGCGGCAUCACUAAGCCUAAGCUUUUGUGCAUUUGGGACCGACAAGGUCGGAAACACAAACAGUGCUGCAAAGGCCGAGAGGACGUGAGACAGGACCGCGUCGCCCAGCAACUCUUCUCGAUGCUCAACCAGGUCUUCUUGGAGGCACCGUCCACACUGGAAAAAAACUUCUACCUGAGAACCUAUGCCGUGGUCCCCUUUUCACCAGCAGUCGGAAUUCUCGAAUGGGUCAACGACGCUGUCACGCUUGCCCAGUACCUCAUUGGAAGCCCCGAAAACGGUUACCACGGUGCGCACGCGCGGUACCGGCCCCAAGAUUGGACGUUCUCUGCAUGCCGCCACAAGCUGCGGCUGGCGCGGGAGAAGGCCCUGGCCCAGAGGAGACAGUUGCUGUCUCGUGGAGCCGGAGACGACGGAGCGCAGCAGAAAGGCCAACAGCCGACGGCGGUCUCAAGAGCAGACAUGGGGCCAGAUCCUCUGGUCGAAUCGCUUGUGCAGGCCUACGACGAGAUAUGCGGCCAUUUUAAACCUGUUCUCCAUUACUUCUUCUUAGAGCAUUUCCCAUCUGCUGAUGCCUGGUACGCCCAGCGGCAACGCUACCGUCGCACACUCGCGGUCUCCAGCAUGGUCUCGUAUAUCAUUGGGCUUGGCGAUCGCCACACCAACAAUAUUCUCCUCGACAUCGCAUCCGGUGACCUGAUUCACAUCGAUUUUGGAGUAGUCUUCGAACAGGGAAAGCUGCUCGCCGUCCCCGAACUCGUUCCGUUUCGGCUGACAAGAGAUCUGGUCGACGGACUCGGAUGUCUUGGCGUCGCUGGGUGCUUCAAACGCGACUGCGAGACUACCAUGGAGGUCCUUCGGCGAGUGUCUCCCUUGGUUGUGUCCAUCGUCGAGGUUCUCCUCUUCGAUCCUCUCUAUCGCUGGUGUCUUGACCCGCGUCGUAUUCUUCAAGAGAGCGAUAAAUCGCUUGCCCUCGCUCCGUCACGUCCUGGCAGUGACGCGAAAACGGGCGGUCCAAAGCGAGGAAGAGACGCCACAAGCCGAGGUCGAGGCCCAACUUCCACGACCUCGACGCUUCCUGUCGCUGAACGAAGUCGGCGCAAGCGUGGGCGACUUGAGGCCGUGCCUGAACAGAUUCCAUCUGGCUCUGCACUUCUUGAUGGUGGAACGAAAGGAGAAGCGAAAAGGGACCCCGAGGAAGCCGUGGACGAGGCGCGCGGAAAACAAAGCGCGAAAGAUAUCCCCAUCGUCGAGGAUAUUCUCACCAAGGCAGAAGGCAAUAUGAACGCGAAGCGAGCUGUGCUGACGGUGAGGCGGAAGCUGGAAGGAUACGAAGAGGGAGAAAUCGCGCAACUGAGAGUCAAUGCCCACGUCGCCCGCCUAGUCAAUGCAGCUCAGGAUCGCACCGCGCUAGCCCAAAUGUUUGUCGGCUGGGCACCCUGGGUGUAG